AUGGCAGCAAAAACUUCUCGUCUGGAAGAAGAGCUUUCCUGUGCUGUGUGCUGUGAGAUCUUCAAGGAUCCUGUCACUCUUCAUUGUAACCACAGCUUCUGUAAAGCAUGCAUGGAUCAGCUCUGGAAAGAGAAGGGAGCUCGGGAGUGUCCAGUGUGCCGGAGGAGGUCCUCACUGAGGGAUCCUCCUGUGGAUUUCAGGCUCAGGAAUAUUGUGGAGUCCUUCCUAAAAGAACACAGUCAGAAACCUCCAGCACCUCCUGGAAUGCUCUGCAGUCUGCACAGGGAAGAAAAGAGGCUGUUCUGUGUGGACGAUAAAGAAGCUAGGCUGUUCUGUGUUGUGUGUCAAACUUCAAAGAAACAUAAAAAUCACAAUCUCUGCCCAGUCGAAGAAGCUGAAAAGGAUUACAAGGGAGAACUCAAGACUGCAUUGGAGCCCUCGCAGGACAAACUGAAAACCUUUAAUAAAGUUAAAGAUGAAUGUGAUGAAACAGCAGCGCACAUCAAGAAACAAGCCCAGCAAACAGAGAGGCAGAUAAAGGAGGAGUUUGAGACACUUCACCAGUUUCUACGUGAUGAAGAAAAGGCCAGGAUAGCUGCACUGAGGAGGGAAGAGGAACAAAAGGGAAGAAUCAUGAAAGAGAAGAUAGAAAAACUUGCAAGAGAAAUCUCAUCCCUUUCAAACACAAUCCGAGUGAUAGAACAGGAGCUGGAAGCUGAAGACAUCUUCUUCCUGCAGAAGUACAAAGACACAAAGAGAAGAGCCGAAUGCACACUGCAGGAUCCACAGUGUGUUUCAGGAGCGCUGAUAGAUGUAGCCGAGCUCCUGGGCUCUCUGAAGUACAAAGUGUGGGAGAAGAUGCUGGGGAUUGUUCAAUACACUCCAGUGACUAUGGAUUCCAACACAGCACAUCCUGAUCUGAUGCUGUCUGAUGAUCUUACAAGUGUGUAUUUCAGCGAUGAGAGACAGCAGCUUCCUGACAACCCAGAGAGGUUUGAUCCCUAUGUUUAUGUGUUAGGCUCUGAGGGAUUCACCUCAGGGAAACACUACUGGGAUGUUGAAGUUGGAAACAAAACUGACUGGAAUCUGGGUGUGACAAGAGAAUCCAGCCAGAGGAAAGGGAGCAUCACUCACAACCCAGGAGGAGGAUACUGGGCUAUAACCCUGAGGGAUGAGGAUCAGUACUGGGCCUGGACCUCACCAGACACACGACUCACUGUGGAGAAGAAACCCCAGAAGAUCAGAGUUCAGCUGGACUGUGAUGGGGGCGAAGUGGCAUUCUUUGACACGAGUGAUAUGAGACCUCUCUACACUUUUAAACACAGAUUCACUGAGAGAAUGUUUCCAUAUUUCUGGGCUGGCUGUUCUGCCCCUCUCAGAGUGUGCCCUGUGAAAGCAGUUAUAAAAGUGGACCAGUCCAAUGUAUUGAGGAUGAACAGUAGGGCUAUAUAA